AUGACACUCAUAGGUGGGAUUCAGAAAAAGGAUGUUUGUUACAGGAGCAGCAGCAACAGUGGGAGCAGCUGCGGCAGUGGUGGGGGCACCAGUUGCCCUGGGAGUGGCAGGAUUGACUACUGUUGGGGUUGCUGCUGGAGCAACUGCAGGGGGCGCCGCAAUAGGAAGUGGUACAAUUGCUGCAGCAGCAGCAGCAACAGUGGGAGCAGUUGCGACAGUGGCAAUGGCACCAGUUGUCUUAGGAGCGAUAGGAUUCACUGCUGGUGGGAUUGCUGCUGGAUCAUAUGCAGCAAGCAUGAUGUCUGCAGCGGCCGCGGUAAAUGGAGGUGGGGUAGCAGCAGGGGGUCUUGUUGCUGCUCUACAGUCAGCAGGUGCUGCAGGCCUUUCAGGAGUGGCUACAGCGGCGGCGGGGAGGUGUUGGAGCGGCAGUUAGUGGAGCCGUGGGAUGGCUGGCCGCAGGAGCAGGGUUCUCAGGAGCGGCAGCGGCUACUACAGCAACUGCGGCAGCAGGGCUCUCUGCAACAGCUACAGCAGCUGUGGGAGUUGUUGGAGCAGCAGUUGGGGGAACAGCGGGAUGGCUGGCCUCAAGGACUAGGACACCUGAAAAGGAGGAAGGAGAAGAGACAGGAGCAGCUACAGCAGCUGCUGCAGGAGGUGCUGCAGGGCUUUCAGGAGUGGCUACAGCGGCUAUGGGAGGUGUUAGAGCAGCAGUUGGUGGGAUGGCUGUUCUCAAGAAUCAGGACGUCUAAAAAGGAGGGAGGAGAGUAGAGAGGGAAGAGAGAAGAGGGAGGAUGAGAAGAGAUCCCGGAAGAGGGCCCUUUAUAUAAGAAAACUAUGAAUGAUACUGCAACAUUCAUUAAGGGUUUAUUAAUGAUUUCAUGAUGGUGUUAUGAGUGCAUAUGUAUACCCCCUUUGGUGUUGCCAAAACACACAUACUGGUAUACAGCUCUGGAAAGAAAUUAAGAGACCACUGCAAAAUAUAAGUUUCUCUGGUUUUACUAUUUAUAGGUAUGUGU